GGUCACUGUCCACCCAUUGCCAUCAACCUUCACAGGCUUCAACGUGUACAACCCGGCCCUGCUGCAGCAAGGGGAGGACAUUUGGAUCCCGGGAAUCCCAAGCUCCGAGGAGGAGGAGGAGGAAAGGGCCAGACCCCUUCUCAUGCUGUGGUCCAGAAGCAGGAAGCAGUGGAGGAGCUGUUGGGAUGUCGAAAGGUCCUCUGCAUCCGUCACAUCCUCAGGUAAAGGACCUGGGGGGGUUGGGUGCUUCAAUCCAUCCUUUCCCAAGGGUGGAUUCCCUUUAUCCAUUGGGUGCUUCUCCCCAUCCAUCCUCAAGGGCAGAUUCCCGUUAUUCUCUGCCUUAUCCCAGCAGAUGAUGGAUGGACAAGCGACACUAAAGAAGACAGCUCCUACAGAGACGAUGGCAGGAUGAUGAAGAGAUCCAAAGGCAGCAUCACCGUGGGCUACAAGCCCCAUGGGAGGAGAUCAUCUUCAUCCGGCUACAACAGGAGGAAACCUUAUCCCAAGACGCCGCCAGAGCAGCACAAGUGCGGGAAGUGUGGGAAAAGCUUCAGCCGCGGCUCAUCCCUCAUCCGGCACCAGCGGGUCCAUGUUGGGGAGAAGCCCUUCACGUGCUACAUCUGCAGGAGCAGCUUCGCCUGCAGCUUCAUGCUGCAGGACCAUCAGCAGAGCCAGUGCUGGAGGAAGCCCCACAAGUGCCCCACGUGCGGGAAGCGCUUGGCCUCCACCAAAUCCCUGCGGAAGCACCAGCGGCUCCACGGAGAGAGCAUGGCGUACCGGUGCUCUGAGUGCGGGAAGGCCCUCACGUCCAAGUCGUCCCUCGUCACCCAUCAGCGCAUCCACACCGGGGAGAGGCCGUUCCCGUGUCCCGAUUGCGGGAAGAGCUUCAUGGCCAACAAGUCCCUGAAAAAGCACCGCAAGAUCCAUGUGGAAGGAUCCCUCUUUGUGUGUCCGGAAUGCGGGAAGAAGCUGAUGUCCAAGUACACCUUCAUCACCCACCGGAGGCUCCACACCGGGGAGAAGCCCUUCGAGUGUCCCGACUGCGGGAAGAGCUUCGCGGGGAGCAAAUCCCUGAGCAAACACCGCAAGAGCCACAUGGAUCAUGGCCUCUACAAGUGUGCUGAGUGCGGAGAGACCUUCCCAAAGAGGUCCUCCUUCAUGGCCCAUCUCCAGCAGCACCAGAAUCUGCCUUCAGACGCCUUCUCCCGUGGGAAGCUCAGGAAGGUGAGGCCCCACCAGUGUCCUGAUUGCGGGAAGGGGUUCCGGGACAGCACGAGCCUGCGGCGGCACCAGCUCGUCCACACCGGGGAGAAGCCGUUCAAGUGCCCCGAGUGCGGGAAGUGCUUCCGCGCCAGCUCCACGCUCAUCAUCCACCGCCGCAUCCACACCGGGGAGAAACCCUACGAGUGCGCCCAGUGCAGGAAAUGCUUCACGUCCAGCUCAUCCCUAAAGAAGCACCUGAGGAGCUGCAAGGAGCUGCUGGGAGCGGGCAGUCGGUGA